AUGUGACAAUGCAACGACUGGGGGCGUGAGGUGCACGUACCUGCAUAUACACACGUACACGUGUGCAUGCGAGAUGAGCAUCCCCCGUCCUCCGCCUUUCGCGAAGGAGUCGUUUCGAGUGCCCGUUGGGGGGUACUCCGAGGAGGUUGGAUGGGGAGGCAGACUCUCCAAAUGGCAGUGGGCUCUGGCCAUCGGCGUACCCGUGGCUGUAGCCGCUGGCCUGGCUGGCCUCACUCUCCUCGUCCGAAGACGACGGGCCAGGGAGAAGGAGAGAAGUCCGCCGCCAUCUAUGAGCCCCACUCCCGUCGCCUCCCCAGCCUCCACCACCGUGCAUAAGACUGAGUCGUCUGGCGGGAAAGUGACGGCCCAGGGGGUGAAGCAGAGAGGUAACGCACUCUUCAAGCAGGGGAAGCUGGAGGAGGCAGCCCAGUGCUAUGAGGAGGCCAUCCAGUUGGGGACAGCUGGGGGUGAUGUGACCCUCCUUGCCAGCUGCCACCAAAACCUAGCUGCCGUCCACGAUGAACUGGUUAAAAAAGAGUACAGAUGCUGACCAAAAGAAGCACCAUAGUCAGCUGGUGAUAGAGAACUGUGAUAAGGCCAUUGCUCUCGAUCGUCGCUACGUGAAGGCUCUGCUGCGGCGGUUCAAGAUGCACCAGGCACUGGGCCACAUGGAGGAGGCCCUCCUCGAUGUGACGCGAGUGUUGCUGCUGGAUGAGAGCCAUGCUCAGAACCUGUCCACCAGUGUCACCACUCUGCUCAAGGACCUCAGUGUGGCUGAUGCCGCCAAAACCUUCCCAACGCUGGGGCCACUGGCUCCCACAAAGUAUCUUGUGAAGACUUACACAGAGUCCUACAUUUGGAAAGAUGAUAUAUCAGAGGAGAGACUGAGGGUCUUGUGGCUAGAGGCUCAUCCUCCUACAGUGGAUGCACCUGAUAGUGUGGAUGUGUCUCAGGACCAAACACACGUGGAGACAACACAAGAGACUGUGCCUACCAAUGGUUUGACUGGUGGUGAGAGGGUGGAGGGGAGGGAGGUAGAUGGGGAGGGAGGGGAGGGAGGAGCAGGAGGGAGUGGGGAAGAGGGACAAGUGUUGGAUGAUGCAGUGGAGAAGAAGAGUCAGGAGGAAGAGGGAGGUGAGGGGGAAGGCGAGGGAGGGGACUCGGUUAAGGAGGAUAGGGCAGGAGAGGAGGGAGAGAAUGAGGGCAAAGAGGACGUUGAGGUGGAAGGUAAGGGGGAGGAGAGGGAGAAGGAAGGUGGGGCAGGAGGUGAGAAAGUCCAAGAGAACUGUGAAUUGGAGGACCAAACAGCCGACCGUAUGACUGGAUUUGGAGAGGAGCCGUUUGUGCAGGCAGCCGCAAAGUUCUCGCGCUAUGAGCUGGGUGGCAUACUUUGAGCUUCUAACCCAGGCCAUUGAUGCAGGUCAUGAGGUGUUCAAGGUGCAUGCCCAGCUACUGCGAGGUACUCUGCAUGCUCUGUGGAGGAUGGAGGCUGAGGCUCUGAGAGAUCUUCAGGCUGUCAUCAAUACCCAGGGACAACCCAGUCAGGUCAGACACCUUAUCGUGUUCAGUCUCGCCUGUUUUCAUUGUACUGUCAGAGGUCAUUGGUCUUUAUGUAGUACAUUUUCUGUGAUGUUCUAACUACCCCCACAUGCAAAGCUUGGGGUACAGCAGAGGAGGGAGGUCGGACAUGCGCAGGGAUUGCGUCAUUGUAAAUGACAUUUGUGCUGACACAGCAAUUUCUUUCCCGUAAAGAAUGUAUGGGGAGAUAAAAGAGCGUGCUGUAGCAAAACCAAGCGGG